GUCACUGUGAGCCGCUGAAGUCUAUGACGCCAUGAUUCUGCACCGUCCUGGACUAAACCUAGCUGCGACUGCAGUAUAUAUCACCUAUGUAGAGUACCCACAACCCCAUCCUCGUAUGAACUCUAUCCUCAGGUCAAGAUGUCACCCUCCCCCCGAAUUCUAAUCCUCUUAUUCCGCCGGGACCUGCGGCUUCACGACAACCCGCUCUUCACCAUCACCGCGCAAACGCAGCACACGCAUCUCCUACCACUCCACAUCCUCAGCCCACUCUCACUCGAAGUCAGCGGCCUCCUCAGCAAUCCACAGACACCAUGUCCAUACCCGCAGACCCGCUCCACGCUCGGGAAGUUCUGGAAAUGCGGACCGCACCGCGUCAAGUUCCUGUCCGAGUCCCUGUGGGACCUUAAGACGUCGCUGCAGAAGCUCGGUAGCGACCUCGUGCUCCGUGUGGGACGGCCGGAGGACGUGCUGCAGGGGGUUAUUGAGGGGUUGAGGAAGGAUGGAGCGGAGGUGGUGGGUGUCGCUAUGGCGGAUGCGGUGGGCGAGGAGGAGAGGACCGAGGUAGGGAAGGUGAGGAGUGUGGCGGAAAGGUUGGGAGUCGAGUGGAUGGGGACGGAGGACGGGAGUUAUCUCUACAGCUUAAAGGACCUCUCCUUCUCGCCGAAAGACACGCCGGCGGUAUUUACCAGCUUCCGGAAGACGGUCGAGCCACUGCGGCAGACGAUUCCUCCCGCGCAACCAACCCCCACCACGCUCUGUCCGCCCCCCCCGUCCAUCCCUCCACAGCCCGAACCAUUCAGCAUCCCGCCCACCCUCUUCAGCCUCAUCACGGCGCUCCAAUCGCCACUAGCCGACCUCGGCCUUCCCGGCCCACCACUGGUAUAUCCCCCCGGCGCCACGAGCGCACACGCUUUCGAGGGCGGGGAAACGGCCGCCCUGCAGCGAGUGCAGCACCUCCUCGCCAGCGGCGCAGUCACCCGCUACAAGGCCACCCGCAACGGCCUAGUUGGGGCCGACUUCUCCACGAAGCUCUCGGGUUACCUCUCGCACGGCUGCGUUUCCGCGCGGCGCGUGCACGGCGCCCUCCUCUCCUUCGAGGACGGCGCUGACCCCGCCGAUCCCGCCUACGCCUCCGCCCCCGGAUACGGCAAAGGCGAGAACGCCGGCACCGCAGCCGUGCGCUUCGAGCUGCUAUGGCGUGACUUCUUCCGUCUAACGGCACUACAAGCGGGCGCGGGGCUCUUCUCACUGCACCCCAUCCCCCGCCCCAGUAGCUACAACAGCGCGAUCUGGCACCCCGCCACACCUUCCCCCACCCUCUCCCGCUUCCUCCGCGGCACAACCGGCUGCUCCCUCGUGGACGCGAGCCAGCGCGAGCUCUACCACACAGGCUGGACCAGCAACCGCGCGCGGCAAAACGUAGCCUCGUACCUUGCAAAGCGUCUGCGCAUCGACUGGCGCGUCGGCGCAGAGUGGUACGAGCAGCUGCUCGUCGACUAUGAUGUUGCCAGCAACUGGGGGAACUGGAGGUAUAACGCCGGCGUCGGGAAUGAUCCCCGCGGCGAUAGGGUUUUUAAUCAAAUUAAACAGAGCAAGGAUUAUGGGGCUGGGGAGUUUGUCAAGAUGUGGGUACAGGAGUUGAGGGCGGUGGAGGAGGGGGAGGGGUUGUGGGCGCCCAAGAUGUUGAAAGGCAGGGAGAGGGAACGGGUUUGUGAGCAUGGUCAGGAGGCGAGGGAGUUGGUCGAGAGGCCGUUGGUGGUUAUUCACGGUGGUGGUGGUGGGGGCGGCGGGAAGGGGAGGAAUGGUGGUGGUGGUGGAGGAGGUGGCGGAGGUGGCGGAGGUGGCGGACAUGACAAGAAGAAGGGAAAGAAGGGAAAGAACCACGGCGGCGGCGGCGGCGGUGGCGGAAAAGAGGCGAGGGUGGGGAAAGAGGGGAUAUGAUAUCUAUACAUUAGGUAGCUCGCUCUCACUACCAUCACUAGCAAGCAGGCGUGUACACUACUUUUUUUUGUUUCAUCAUCGUAGCAUUCGACCUUAGCAGAUGUGUGUACACUACUUUCAUAAAUGAACCCUCCCCCCCUCCCCCC